AUGUUGGGUGAAGAAGAUCACAAAGAGACUGAUAACUCAUCAUGUGGCCAAGGAGAUGUAUGUGAUCCCUUUUCUAAGCUCACACUCACAUUAGAUGUAGAUCUCUCAGCGAGACAUGCAAUAUCAGACCUAGAUGGUUGGCUGGCCAAAGCUGAUUCAGGUCUUGUCGACGACCUCGAGAAGCUUCCAUAUGUUAGUGCUGCAAUGCAACAACUAAAACAGAGAAAGAAGUAUUGGAAUGAGCUCAGGGCUUCUAACAGUGAAAAAGCAUCUAACCUCAUUGAUAAUGCACUCCAGGUACCAUCAAUAUCUGCAAAUGCUGUGGAUACUGAUGAUGAAAACUGUUCUAAUGGAUCAAGAACUUCCUCUACUGAUUUCCCCGAUCAAAGCAAGGUUGUAAUAUUGGAUAAAUCAACUGCUGGUGGCUGUCAGGAUGAAACUUUGGACCCGGAAAAAAAACUAAUAGAGCAGGAAAUGAAUUUGUCUUCUUCGUAUGAGGAGAAAAAAUGUAUUCAAGGCCAUUCAAAGGCAUUGCAGACGCAAAGGAAAAUGACUCUUACAAUUUUAUCAGAGAGAUUUCUCAAUCGUCAAAAUGAAAUGUUGGCGGCUGAUGGGCAACAUCUAAUUCUUCAUCCUUUGAACACCAAGUGUUUACUGCAUCAUUAUGGUAGCUAUGAUAAGCUCCCUCACAGAAUAAGUGGAAGGAUUCUACAAUUGGAGACAGUUACUCAAUCUGAGGCUAUGAGGAGGCGGUAUCGAUUUUUAAGUCAUUUUCCAUUAACCACAACUUUUCAGCUCUGUGAAGUUGAUUUGAGUGAGAUGUUGCCUGCUGAAGCACUGGCCCCAUUUUUGGAUGAAAUAAAGAACCGUGCAAACCAGAGGAAGCAACUCGCAAAGAAGGAACUGAAGGAAAAAUUAAAGGCUGAAGCUACUUCUAAUUAUGCUCUUUCCAUGUCAACCCAUUAUCAGUUUAUUUCUCGUGAUGAUCCUCCCACGUUCUCCAUGGACGACUUUGAAGCUCUAGGAAAUUCCGCUCUGUCAUCAAGUCCACCCGUUGUCGGUGAGAGGAAAUUGUUCUCAAGUGUGACUAGGCUUGGUUUUGCUGCUGCUCAUGAUUCUCCAUCCUUUCAAGCUCAAGAAACUAGCAAUCUACACAAUAACAAUUCGAUUGCUGAUUCUUCUGGUACAGCAGGUUUGAGGAACGGGGAGAUACUAUCAUACUCCAAUGUCAUAUCUAAAGCAGAAUCUAAUGGAAGUUCGAAUGCACCAAAGACAAAUGACACAGGAAAGAAGGGAAAGAAACCAAAUCGAGUUCUUCUGUCAACAGCUGGUGGCAGGCGUUAUUGA